AUGCUGCAAAGAUGCUUCGUAAGUCCGCCCAAGACGUUUAGCAAAUUGCUGCUUCUCAUACCACCUUGUGGCUCCGCAGGAGAGCUGCCUAAAGCGGCUAUCAUCUUUGUCGAAGCCUUACAAAUAUGUCGGAGCACCCAAACCAUUUCGCCCCCUAAGAUUGUGACGUCAGUUACGUCUUCUCACGUCAGCACCGCUCCUCUGGCGCUGCCUGCAGUGACGUGCAACAUCAUGCAGAAGACGGGAGCGGGCCUGCACUGCACGUGCACCAGCUACUGGGACCCAGACACCGAUGGAAAACAGACGGUCGUCUGGGAAAACCCAACCAUGCACGUCAUCGUCACAGUCUUUUGGCUGGGGAUCUGA